UUGGUUAAUUUUACUCAUUCACUCCCUCCUUCCACUUUCGUUUCGUAGGUAGAUACCUACCUACUCAAAAACAUUUUGUAAAUUUUGUUACGCCGUCCUGCGUUCAGCUCGGAUGUGCUGAACGCUAAAAAUAAUUUGAUAAUUUUAUGUUAAGGCACUUAAUUUUGUUUUCUUGUGUUUUUUUAAAUAAGUGUGUUUUUGUAAAUUUUGUGUACAUUCAUUAUUAUCGAGGUUGCAUGUAGGUAUUGAUGCAACAGGGUAUUCAAAGUGGUAAAAAGUCCGUGUAAACAGAAGAAAACAGUGUACUAUCAAGAUGCCUAUGGAUUCAGAAUGCGAAUGCGACCUGGUGUCGAAAGAAUGGCUCCUUGCAAAGUUACGUUCAGACGAAAGAGACACCGUAUUGAUAGAUUGUCGGGGCUCAAACGAGUAUUCUGUAUCGCACAUCCGUUCCGCUGUGAACUUUUCCAUCCCAACAAUAAUGCUUAGGCGGUUAGCUGCUGGGAAGAUUGAGUUGUCAUCAACAGUGCAGUGCAAAGAGUUGAAGGCGAGGAUAAACCACUGUCGAACCCGUGGUAUAUUCGUGUUGUACGGUGAUGGACCUCCCAGAGACCCUGACUCUGUCCACGGUAUACUCCUCAAGAGGCUGAAGCAAGACAGCGUGCAAGUCGUUUGUCUUGAAGGUGACUUCGAUGACUUCCGUCGCGCAUACCCCGAAUGGUGCAGCGAAGCUGGCGCCCAACAUGUACCCCACCUGCCGCUAAUGGGAUUACGGUCGCUGCGUAUUUCGGGUUCGGGUUGCGAGGAGACCCUGUCCUCUGGCUCGUCGUCGGAGUGCGAGGAGGUGCACAGCCACGUCCAGCAGGACUUCCCUAUCGAGAUCCUGCCGAAUCUGUACCUCGGUAACUCCACCAACAGCGAGGAUUGCGAAGCUCUCGCCAGGCAUAAUAUUAAGUACGUGUUGAAUGUGACACCGGAUCUGCCGAACACGUUCGAAGCUGAGGGAUGCGGCAUCAACUAUCUGAAGAUUCCCAUCGCGGACCACUGGAGCCAAAACCUGGCGGUGCACUUCCCUCAGGCUAUAAGAUUCAUCGAGGAAGCGAUGUCUGCGCGGUGCGGCGUGCUGGUGCACUGCGUGGCGGGCGUGUCCCGCUCCGUGACCGUGACGCUGGCGUACCUCAUGCAGCGGCACCGGCUGUCCCUGCGCGACGCCUUCGAGCUGGUCCGCAGCCGCAAGACGGACAUCGCGCCCAACUUCCACUUCAUGCGGCAGCUGCACUCGUUCGAGCGCGACCUCGGCCUGCACGAGCACAGCGCCAGCUUGAGUAAGGUGCUGCACGAGACGGCGGGCGGCGGGCGCGCGCGCGGGGAGGGGGGCGCCGUGCCCUACGGCGUGUCGCCCGACUCCGGCAUCGAGUUCGACCGCUGGAGCGCGCCCCGGGACACCCCGCAAUGACAGUUCUUCUGUCCGCAGCCUCCGCCCUCGCCCUCUCCGCCUGUCCGCCGCGGCCGCCCUCGCAGCCCCGGCCAAUCCGAUCCGCCCUCGUAGAGUGAUCCGAUGCAGUCCGGGGACCGCGCCGGGGGUCCGGUCUCGUGUUGUUAGUCGCAAGAUAACAGUUACUGUAGGGUGUCGUGACGUGUACUUUGUACGUAUUUGUUAAGUCAAUUUUGUAAGUUUCUUUGAAUAGUAUCGUUGUUUUAAUUAAUAUUUAGGAUAUUAAAUAACAAGUUGAAUGCAUUCCUGAAUGAAUCUUCCAAUGUACUGUACACAUCUGUUUGCGACGGUUCGCCGCCAGAGGGCAGGCACCGCAGACGUGUCGCGCGGUCCGCGCCGGCGUCGCUCUGUGCCACGUUCACAUUUAAACCAAAUAUUACGUACGGUAGACGAUGUGGUAUGCGUUUAGGACUUCUAAUUCUUCUUCCAUUGUUGUUUACGUGUGAGAUUGUAUUUUAUAUGAGAGCGAAUGCGCGAACGUGCGUGUGAUAUAUUGAUAAUACAACGUAGCUAGUUUCGAUUCAUCACAUAAAUAUAUUUACAUUUGUAAUGAAGAUAUUACUUAUUCUAUUAGAGUAUGUUAAAUUUACAUUCGACAAGAGAGACUCAAAGAAGAACCUAUUUAAUGUCUAUAGGUCGACCGAGUAUUUAUUUUUUCUAUGAAAACACUGGAAUCUCCUUCCCGCGCUCGAAUAUGAGAACGAUCAAUCCAGACCGUAUGUGGACAGUUCAUCUUUUAAUGUUAUUUACAUAUUUAUUGAUAGUUUAAUCUUCAUAUUUGUAUCACGAUGCGACAAUCUUGAUACUAUUUUUAUACGGAUCACUUUGUACCUAUAGACAAGUAGUUCGGACACUUGGCGUGACGUGAACACAGCAUCACGAAGUUUCGCCUCAACAGGUUUACUAUUGGCGAUCAAUAUAUUAUUAUUUUAUAGUAAAAAUGUUUAAUUAUAAAUCGGGUUUCAAAUUCAGUGGCGUUAACGUUCGUAUGUUGUUUUAGAAUUGUUGUUAUCUAUAAAUCAUAAAAUGAAUACGAAGAAAUUUACAUAUUUUUCUAAAUCAAAUUAAUGACAAAUAUUCACAAAAUCUUUUAGUAGGUAAGUAAGUGGCAAGCUUUAACAAUAAGUAUAUUAAUUAUUAUUACAAGAGAGUAGUGAAUUGUUGCGAAAUGUACAUUUGUUGUAGAAUAAGAAUUACUCUAGAGACUCAGCUUACUUAACGAUGAAGGCCAAUUUAUUUUUAAGGUUUCAUCCAAAUAUUAAUUCAAUGUUUGCGUUAGAGUAAUUAAGUGUUUUUCAUAUAUUUCAUUUUUUUCUUUAGCCAAAAAUAAGAGAACCUUCAAUGUUAAAUUCGAUAUUGAAAAGAUUCCAAGCUUACUAGCAUAGCAUACUAGGGAUCGGUGAAAAAAAAUCUUGUGUACAAAUUAUGUAUGUGAAGAACUAUUAUAGACUAUGUGUUAUAUAGUUAUUCUAAAUCAGUGUUUGCACUGACGUUCUUAUAUUUCUAUAUUGAAUGUUAUAUUAUUGUAAUGCACAAAAUAAUUAAUGGCCGUAAACUUCGACAUAAAAUCCGUAACAAAAACAGUUAAUUAAAUAUUUAAUGAAAUGUAGAAGUUGUUAAUUUGAUGUAAAUGUAACUGGAAAUGUUAUACAUGUAUUUGCGAUUCUUUGUAAAGUACCUACUACAGACAUGUGGCUGCGGCACACACAUUAACCUCAAGACAAAAAAUAUAAACACUGUUAACUGAA